AUGAUUUUAUUUCUCUCUUUUCAACAGUGCGCUGCUUGGUUUGUGGUGUUGGCACUUAUAUAUCUCGGCCUCUGUCUUGCAUCGCCUCUACGAAAGGUCCCAGGUCCUUGGUACACCGGCUUCACUGUGCUCAUCCUGCGGUGGCAUGAGCUUCGCGCAAACCGGACCCGAUACGUCCACUCCCUACAUGCCAAAUAUGGACCAGUUGUCCGGCUCGGUCCAGCCGAGGUCUCCUUCACGUCUUACGAGGCUAUCAAGGAGAUCUAUUGCUCUCGCGGCAGCGGCUAUGACAAAUCCGAGUUCUACGACCUCUUCCGGGUGUUUGGUCGCAGGACCAUGUUUAGCACGUUGUAUAAGGAAGAGCACGCCAAGCGAAAGAGAGUUUUCGCAGAUCGUUAUGCCAACAGCAACAUCAUGAAGCCGGCUUCGCUGGGUGGCAUCCAAGAGAGAUCGCGAAGAUUUAUCCAGUGCUGCGAGGCUUCUGGCACCGGCAGCCAUGAUAUUUUCAUGUCACUCCAUGCCUAUGCCUGUGAUUGCGCCACUUACCACCUCUUUGACCCCUACGGAACCAAUUGCCUCCAGGACGAAGCAGAUAUGGAGAUGAUGUCGCAGAUUACGGGAGACGACAGUCUACAAAACCGCCUCAUUCAACACUACAGUCCGACGUUGCACAGGAUGCUAUCAGGCAUAGUGGACCUCUUUGCAGAACCACGCGCAACCCCGCUAGCCGACAACUUUGCCAUGGCCGCAGCGAGGGGACCCGAACCUUCACCCUUCACUCUCCUUAGCCGCAUGCAGGAAAAGUCGGCUGCCGGCAGCCACCUCGACCAGCUCGACAUGGCAGCAGAGGUCAUGGAUCACAUGGUUGCCGGCAUUGACACAACGGGCGACGGAUUGUGCUUCCUGAUGUGGGAACUAUCGCAGCCGCGGUCAUUUAGCUUCCAGGAGGAACUCCAACGUGAACUCCGGGCGCAAUGUGUCGCAGAUGACGCGCAUACCGGCUUUGACAACCUGCCAUUCCUCGAUGCCGUGGUGCAGGAAGGACUUCGAUGCUUCCCGCCCAUUCCCAUGUCGCUCCCCAGGCGCGUCCCGGCAGAUGGCCGAACUAUUGACGGCUACGAUAUUCCCGGGAGCACCGUAGUAAGCUGUCAGCCUUUUUCCGUGCACAGGGUCCACGACGUUUUUCCGGAUCCAGAUACGUUUAACCCGGAGCGGUGGUGUGAGGCCGAGGGCGAUGCCGAGAGGAAAAGGGUCAUGUUCGCGUUUUCCAAUGGCGGACGUGGCUGCGUGGGGAAACACCUGGCGUUGGUCGAGAUGAAGACACUAUUGAGGGAUGUGUACUCGCGAUACACGACGCUGCCAUGCGACACGAUGACGGCGGAAUCCAUGGCGAUGGACGAUCAUCUGAUAUCGUCGAGGCCACUAGGCAAGAAAUGCCUGUUGCGAUUCAUUCCCCUCUCGGAGAAGCAUGAAUAG